UGACUGUACUCAUUUUGUCAUUUUGUUCUUUGCGUUGGAAGUGAUUAAAUCCUGAUUAGCCGUGAUUCACUCAUCCUCCGGAGCUAUAAAAGCCUCUGGCUCCCAGACAGAAGGCACCGUUAGGUCCAGGAACCCCAGGAGUUAAGGUUGGUCUCGCUCAUCUGCAGCCAUGAAAUUCUCCCUCGUUGCUGCUCUUGUUGUUGUGCUGGCUGUUGCCCACGGCUCUGAGGCCGUGUCUCUGGUGAAGCGUGAUGUCCAGUCUGACGUGGACAAGAUCACCAAGCUCAUCAAUGACAUGUCUGCCAGCAUCACAAGCGCCACCCAGGACAUGGUGGAGAAGGUGAAGGCUCUUGAGGUGACCAACACUGCCCAGACUUACAUGGAGGACAGCCGGGCCAAGAUCCAGCCUCUGGUUGACAAGGUCCAGGCCGAGGCUGCCAAGCUGCAGGAGCAGGUCAAGCCCUUCAUCGCCAACAUCGAGGAUCAGAUCAGGCCCCUGACUGAGAACUUCAGCACCCAGGUCAAGCCUCUGACCGACAACUUCCACACCCAGGUCAAGCCCCUGACUGACAUGAUGGAGAAGUUCUUCCAGCAAGUGAUGGACCAGACCAAGGCCCUGCUCCCCCCCCAGUAAAGCUCACAGUUGGCUCAUUCCAGCUACAAUAAUACCAAAGGGCUGUGAAUGCUUCGCUGGUGUUUGUCUGUCAUACUCCUUCAUCUUUAAGUCAUCUGAUGCUUCAGUGUCAUCAAUAAAGGGGUUUGAAAGUCA